CCAAACUGUAUCCCGCGGCAUGAUACUGGCGCUCCGCGGAGGGUGCGACGGCCCAGCGACUCCCUGACGCCAGUGCGAGGAGACCAGAGACAGGCAGCGGUAUAGUAUGGGAGCGUUGAGAGCGAGCUUGAUAGCUGUUUAUAAGGUGUCCUGUUCAGAAGUUCUGUCCUGAAGCUUUGAACACCAAGGACCACCCAGCCAUCUCAGUGGCACCUAAAAAAAUACAACAGCAGCUUUUAACCUCCAACUUUUUCCCUCACCAAGUGGACUAUCUCUCCAUUGUAAAACCCAACCCCGCACACUCACGUGUAGCGUCCCGACAACGCCACGGUCGCAAGAGGCGACAGACACGAACGUCACUAUGAACGUCACCUCCCUGUUCUCCUUCACCAGCCCGGCUGUCAAGCGCCUCCUCGGCUGGAAACAAGGAGACGAAGAGGAAAAAUGGGCGGAGAAAGCCGUGGACGCGCUGGUGAAGAAACUAAAGAAGAAGAAGGGAGCAAUGGAGGAGUUGGAGAGAGCUCUGAGCUGCCCAGGUCAGCCCAGUAACUGUGUCACCAUCCCUCGCUCCCUAGAUGGAAGACUCCAGGUGUCCCACAGGAAGGGCUUACCCCAUGUUAUCUACUGUAGGGUGUGGAGGUGGCCUGACCUGCAGUCUCAUCAUGAGCUCAAGGCUCUGGAGUGCUGUGAGUACCCAUUUGGCUCCAAGCAGAAGGACGUCUGCAUCAACCCGUACCACUACAAGAGAGUGGAUAGUCCAGUGCUGCCCCCGGUGUUGGUCCCGCGGAAUAGUGAGUUCAAUGCCAAACACAGCAUGCUACCACGCUUCCGCAACCCUCUGCACCAGAACGAGCCCCACAUGCCCCAGAACGCCACCUUCCCAGAGUCCUUCUCCCAGGCGAACACCCAGAUGAACUUCCCCCAGACACAGACACACUCCCCUGGGGGGAACAGCUACCCCGGCUCCCCUGGUAGUGGCAGCAGUGCAACCUUCCCCCACUCCCCCACCAGCUCUGACCCAGGUAGCCCAUUUCAGAUGCCAGGUGAGCCGCCAGGUCAGAUGCCAGAGACCCCCCCUCCAGCCUACUUGCCCCCAGAGGAGCGGAUGACUCAGGACUGCCCUCAGCCCAUGGACACCAACCUGAUGGUCCCCGCGUUGCCCCUGGAGAUCAGUAACAGGCCAGAUGUUCAGCCGGUGGCCUACGAGGAACCUAAACACUGGUGCUCUAUAGUGUACUACGAGUUGAACAACCGGGUGGGCGAGGCGUUCCAGGCCAACUCUACCAGCGUCCUGGUCGACGGCUUCACCGACCCGUCCAACAACCGCAACCGUUUCUGCCUGGGCCUCCUCUCCAACGUCAACCGCAACUCAACCAUAGAGAACACCCGGCGACACAUUGGCAAAGGAGUCCACCUGUACUAUGUGGGUGGUGAAGUGUAUGCUGAAUGUCUGAGUGACAGCAGCAUCUUCGUCCAGAGUCGGAACUGUAACUACCACCAUGGCUUCCACCCCACCACCGUCUGUAAGAUCCCCAGCGGCUGCAGCCUCAAGAUCUUUAACAACCAGGAGUUUGCUGAGCUGCUGGCCCAGUCCGUCAACCACGGGUUUGAAGCUGUCUACGAGCUGACCAAGAUGUGCACCAUCCGCAUGAGCUUCGUCAAGGGCUGGGGUGCAGAGUACCACCGCCAGGACGUGACCAGCACCCCAUGCUGGAUUGAGAUCCACCUGCACGGUCCUCUGCAGUGGCUGGACAAGGUGCUAACCCAGAUGGGCUCCCCCCACAACCCCAUCUCCUCCGUGUCCUAGACUUUCCCCAGGCCCCAGGGCUGUCCAAACCCAGCAUUUAGGUUCCAGUGGGAUGGGUGGGUUUCAGGUUGGGGGUCAAUUCUAAUUGAAAUCAGUCAAUUCAGGAAGUAAACUGGAAUUUUACGAGAAUCUAAAUUAAAAUUGGAAAUUCAGUUUAUUUACUGUAUUGGGCACAUUGCAGACUGGGAUGUGUGUGUGUGGGGGGGAGGGGGGGGCAAGAUAGAAGCAUCUGGAAGAUACUUGAUCUUUGUGACCAACUGUAAUAAUUAUCAAUCAGACUCGAAUCAUUAUAAACUAAUCAUCAAUUUAGCAUUACGCAAAGUAUCCUCCUCAUAUGGGGCCCAUAUUCAGAAAGAGUCUGAACGAGGAUCAGUUUGGCCUUUUAGAUCAUAAUGAAUAAAUGUACAUGGACUGGGGGGACCUGAACAUAGAUCAGCACUCUAAUACGUGAAUAUGGGUCCCUGAUCUUGUUCUGGCAGUUUUUCCCUCUUUCUUUCCCCUUCCCCUGUUUUUUGGGUUAACAUUGGAAACCCAUAAAGCCAGUUUCAUGUGUUGCUACAAAGAAAAAUGUGUACAGAAUUGGAAGGAUUGAAAGACAACCAAUAUGGAUGAAAAAAUGUAGAAAUAUUAUGUUUCUUAUGAACAUAUUUAGAACGUAGGAAGAUACUGAGGUCAGUAAAUACAAAUGUCUCUCCAGAAACUACAUUUUUUUGUUUUUUUAAAAGGUUUUGGCAAAUUAAAAAGAGUUGAAGAAAAAGACCCCUACAUAAAAUCCCUUUAGAUUAUUUACAAACCCUGUCAUGAGGAGAAAUCAGGAGAGGGCGUCCGUGGGAGCGGGGUGGGAGAGUGAGGUGGGCAUUGUGGGAUUGUGCUCACAGGACAUAAGAUUUUUAAAAAUUGUACAUAAAUAAAUACUUCUCUUGUGUUACACCCGUGUUACAACUGAACUUAACGACUUGAAUCGUGUUUUAGGCAUACUCAACAUUAGAUCAAAGUGCUGUGCAGUCAGUUUUGCAAACGCGUAGUUUGGUUUAGUGUAGCAAAUCACCAUUUGGCUUGUUUAGGUAGUGACAGAAGAAUGACAUGAGACAGAGACAGAGACGGGCACAAGCGUAUGAUAGUUCAGUUUGACCCUAGCUGUGCAUGGUACAGCAAAAAAAGAAAAUAAUCAAUUGUAGAGUCACAUAGAGCCCCACAGUGGAGGUGUCAUAAUACCCAUAAAACCUAGUGGUCAAACAGGGAAAUGGUUCCAAUCAUUUUUCCCAUAGGGGAUUUUAGAAACACUUCAAAUAAGGACUGGUGGAGAAUAACGAUUGGAACCAUUUCUCUGUUUGACCGCCAGGGUUUAUGGACAUUAUGACACGUAAUGGCAUCCUUCAGAACUUGUUGACCAAAAAAAAAUAGUAGUUUCACUGGUGAGUAAAUUACUGAUGGCCCUAAUAUAUGAUUUUACAUUACAUUACAUUUAAGUCAUUUAGCAGACGCUCUUAUCCAGAGCGACUUACAAAUUGGAUCAUUAAAAAAAAAAUGCAGACUGUUUUUGUCUUUCAAUUAUUGUAGGCUUAGAAAAACCCAUCCGCUAUUACAAGUUGUAUUGAUUUUUGUAUUUUUUGAAUAUGUUUUCUUGUUGUUUCUUGUUAUCUGCACUUUCACGGAUUGUUGCCUCAUCUUUUUUUUCUUUAUUUUUUUUUCUUUGUGCUGUUUUUGCUGAGUAGUACUCCCAGAAAGCAUUUUUAUUCCAUGAAUAUCAAGUCUCUACUGGAAGAUUCAAUAAAUAAAGUUGUUUCAUUA